UCAACAAAUCACCCAUAAAUCUUUUCAAACAUUCAAAAACAUUCACACAUCUUUUCAUUCACAACAAUCAAACUUUUCCCAGAUGGCCCGUACCAAGCAAACCGCCAGAAAAUCCACCGGAGGAAAGGCUCCACGUAAGCAACUCGCCACCAAAGCAGCCAGAAAGUCAGCUCCGGCCACCGGAGGAGUGAAGAAACCCCACAGAUUCAGGCCAGGAACCGUGGCAUUGAGGGAGAUCAGGAAGUACCAGAAGAGCACUGAACUGUUGAUCCGGAAGCUGCCGUUUCAGAGGCUGGUGAGGGAGAUUGCUCAGGAUUUCAAGACUGAUUUGAGGUUCCAAAGCUCUGCUGUUGCUGCUUUACAAGAAGCUUCUGAAGCUUAUCUUGUUGGGUUGUUUGAGGACACCAAUCUGUGUGCGAUUCAUGCCAAGAGGGUUACCAUUAUGCCCAAGGAUAUGCAGCUUGCUAGGAGGAUUAGGGGUGAGAGAGCUUAAGGGUGUUGUAAUGCUUGUUUGGUUGUUUUCAGUGGAUGUUCACUUCUUGUGAAUUUGUUUUAGAUCUAUCUGGUUUAGGUUUUAAUUUCAGUGUUUAGAAGUUUAUGUUUAUGUUAAUCAAAUCCAUGGUUGUUAAUCAAUAUUAAUGUUUAUGUUUUUAAUGUUCUA